CCAACGUAGUGGCAGGUCGCAAUGAGUUUCAUGGCUGCAUCGUAUGAUCUCAUAUUGAAUACCUUUUUGCGUGAGGCACUUUUAUUGACGCUUGCCUUGAAAAUUACGCCAGGGUCGUUUUAUCAGUGAAUUUCCGUGAACGAACACACGGGUGAUAUCGUGCGUAUCGAUGACCGCGAGUCGGAUUUGAAGUUCACAGUCUUCCUGCGCGGAAAGUGAUGAUGACAAGGACGAUGGGCGGCGACAGAGAGAAAGAAAUGGAGACGAAAAAGAUGCGAUUGCACGACUUAUAUAAAAGCGCCGGCAUGGGCGAAAGUGUGACACUUUUUGAUCGCCCUCUGCGAAGCAAGAUGUUCGGGUUGGUGCAUCCGGGAUUCGCGGCAAGUUUUGUGGCUGUCCUUUUGAUCUUUGAAGUUUUGUUCACGCCGAUUCAAGCCGAAUACACUAAUUUGGCAGAUGUUCCAUGCGGUAGGAGCGAGAUGAGAGAAGCACGGAUUGUCGGAGGCCACGAUGCGGCGCCACGGGAAUUUCCAUGGAUGGUCGGUUUAAAAAGAAAAGGUGGACAUUUCUGCGGAGGUGUUAUUGUGAAUGACAGAAUUGUAUUAAGUGCUGCACACUGUUUAUGUUCCGCCACAAACAAGAGGAUUCCAGAAAGAGAAGUGCGCGUAAUUUUGGGCGCACAUAAUAUAAGCGAUCCGGCCGCAAGAUAUGAAUUGGUCAAAAAGGCGAUGUUUCAUCCUGGCCACACGUGCGGCAAGUUUGUGGAUGAUAUUGUUCUGCUGGAGCUUGCUAGACCGAUCAGUUGGUCGGAAAGCGUGAAACCCGCAUGUUUACCGAUGGCCACAGGGCAACCAGGGUAUAGCGCCUUCAACGACGUCGAUGCUUUAGUUACAGGAUGGGGAUAUCUCGUAGAAGAUACAAACCAACGCAAGAAAGCGAACGUGCUGCAGAAAGUGGAGGUUCGCGUAAUAAACAACACUAGGUGCGGCAAAUGGUUCGCAGAUCAGGGCAAGAAAGUCGACAUUGGAACGAAUCAAAUGUGCGCCGGCUGGGAGAAAGGAGGAAAGGACGCAUGCUGGGCUGACAGCGGUGGGCCCCUAAUGGUCGGAAGUCAUUCUGCCGAACCCUUGAUUGUCGUAGGAAUCGUUUCGGGCAGUUUUGGGUGCGCGCGCCCGCGACUUCCAGGAGUUUACACAAGAAAUUCCUAUUAUGUCGAUUGGAUAAUUCAAAAGAUAAAGUCUAGCCGAUAUCUUAAACAUGGAAAAAAAUUCCAACUUUCAUUUUAUUCCAAAUCAAAAAUAUAAUAUACGUAACGUAGUAUAUAUAUUACAAAUGUUAAAAAAUAUGUAAUAUGUUCCUUUCUGUUUUUCUUUUACUUUUUACAGUUAUAUUUAAUCUAGUUCAUUUUACAAAAUAUAUAAGAUUAAAUAUCAUCAAAAUAAGUAUCUUGAAUCUCAUAGAAUAUCCUCAUAGUAAUGUGAUGUACAAAAAAUAUUAAUUUCUCAGGAAAGAAAUUAAUUUAUUAUAUGUAUUUAUUAAGUCUAUAAAAUAAUUACUUGUUGUAAAUAAUUAGUAUAUUAAAAAAAUAAAAAA